GCUGAGGAGGAGGCAGAGCGCCGCGGACCUACAGACACGUCCCACGCUACCGCCACAGCCAGACGCACGGGGAACUUUGAUUUGACCACAAGUACAUCCCAAGCGACAUGACGAGAAAGGGGAAGAAAGCUGCGUUUAUUGUUGCGGGCUUCAGCUCCGCGCUCAACAUAUGAUGCCCUUGGACUCGUGUUGUCAAUGAAAAUUUGGCUCUCAUUUGUCGUCUGGUAUCGCUGAUGGUGUCGCGUUGUUGUACCCGCUGCACUUUGGCAAGCCGCAUGUAUGUGAAGGUACUUUGAACGCACUGAUACCACCACGCCACGCUUGGGAUUUCCAGCCGUGAUGUCUGCCACAUUUCGUUCUUUGUUUCUGGUGCUAUUGUGCCUGCUGUCAGCGGACGCCCAGACGGAGAUGAAGAAGGUCGUCGGGGACAACGCCACCUUACCGUGUCACCAUCAGUUGCCGUCAUCCAACUCUCUCGACAUUGAGUGGCUGUUGCAGAAACCCAACUCCAAGCAAAAAGUGAUCAUCACGUUCUUUGGAGGAGAGAUAUACACAAAUGAGGAGCUCAGUCGUCUGUCGUUUGCAGGGGAGUAUUUGGGAGGAGACGCCUCUCUGCUCAUCAGUGACCUGCUGCUCAGUGACUCUGGAGAGUACUACUGUAAAGUCAAGACCGGAGGGAAGUACCACUGGAGCCAAGUCAACCUCAUUGUACUGGUGAAACCAUCAAAGCCCAAUUGCUGGAUGGAUGGCAAACUCCUGGAGGGCAGUGAUGUCAAACUGAGCUGUAAGUCCAGCGACGGUUCAGAUCCCAUCAGCUACAAGUGGGAGCGAGUCCUGGACAAAGGCAAGAGUCUGGGAAAGCUGCCAAACCUGGCUCUGAUAGAUCUAAAAAAUCCUGAGAUCGUCACCUUGAGAAACCUGACUAUGGACAGCACAGGUGUGUACAGGUGCACCGCCAGCAAUGACGUGGGCGAGGAGAGCUGCACCGUGGAGGUCACCAUGCAGCAUAUAAGAGAUCUGGGGACCGUGGCUGGUAUAGUGGUGGGGACGUUCCUGGGUGUCCUCAUUGUUAUUUUAAUCAUUUGGCUUGUCUUUCGGAAAAAGGAGAAGAAGAAGUAUGAAGAGGAAGAGACUCCAAAUGAAAUCAGGGAGGACGCAGAGGCUCCUAAGGCCAAGCUGGUGAAGCCCAACUCUCUGUCCUCAUCGCGGUCCGGCAGCUCUCGUUCUGGAGCUUCGUCCACUCAGUCAAUGGUGCACAACAGUGUCCAGCGUGGCCACCGCCCCCGCCCUCCCGCUGUGGCUGCUCUGAAGGAGAAUGGACAACCCCCAGGCUUCCCUCAGUCUCCUCCAGCCUACACCACAGUGGUCCCACCCAAGACCCCCGAGCCCCCCACCACCCCCAAAAUUCAAUUCCAGGAACAUGUCCGCCCCUACGCCCCCUACCCUCAUGGUCCCAGCGCAAACCAAGGCCUUCCAGACUGUUUAAACAGGAAAGCCCCAGCACUCCUGCAGCCAAGAGACUCCCACCCCUGCUCUAUAGCGCCCCCCUUCCCCCAAUGACUGAACUCUUCCAUAAUAAAUGCAACCAUAAAAGGAAGAUAUUACAACUAUAAAUUCAGAAGUACUUUUAAUUAAUGAAUGCAUAAAGAAAAAUAUGACUUGCUUGACCCCUACUGAAUGACAUAGAACAAAAUAGAAGAAAUUCCAUGUCCAGAAUGCGUCACUGUGUGUCUUGGCUGAAGGCUGAACUUCUUUCUGAGUUUCUUUUUUUGGCUUUGGGAGACACAGAGUACAAUGUUUAACAAGGUGGAAAGCCCCCCAGUAGAGCUUUAUUUAUUUAUUAAGGCAAAAGCUUAGAGGAAGAAAUGGAAAAUGAAGAUGCCCGGAAAAUAUUGUCAGACCAAAUUCAGAGUUGAAUGCAGUUGAUUUGUCGACAAAAUAAAUCUGGUUUGGGUACAGCCUGCAGAAAAGCUACCAUUUUCUAAGGUUGAGUUAGAACAGCUAUUCAUUGCAGUGAGGACUGUAUGGAUAAUUCGUUGCUUAAUUUGUGUGUUUGAGCUGAAAAGGAUGUUCUCUAUUUCCCCUAAAUGCCCUAUGCUGGUAGUAAGUAACAUUGGUGAAUAAUUAAUAGUAUUAGAUCUAUAGGCAGUCAAUACUUUAAAUAUAGAGAUAAGCAUCUAUUAAACCUGCCUGGCAUUUAUUUCCUUUCUUUAUGUCUGUCCUGGAACGGGUGAAAAACACUGACAGAUUGCUGUGUGUGCAUUCAUUAAUAUUGAGAAGUGGUACAAAUCUUUACAUGGGGUUUUAAUCAUUGCUUUUUAUGUUAUUUGCUUCAAGUAUUUGAAGUGCUACAUUGAAAACCAAAAUGAUGGUGAAUGUGUCAAGCUCAAAGAUGGUGGGUCCCUAUUCAUUCUAAAACCAGAAUCUGUGCAAUUUAGCAUAUACCCAGGAAGUCACAGGGUUUUGAGUGCCCUCUGUAAGCAACUCAGUUUUCCAAAAGGGUGAGGAAAGAUGUUCCAUCAAUCAUACAGGCAUGACAUUCUGACCUCCUGACUAGUAAGGUGCCAGUUUGUGUUCUGUAUAGAUCGGCAUUAAUUUUAAACUAAAAGUCAUUAUAAUAACUAAAAUUAUGGCUCAAAUUACAUAGAUUUUUGUUGACCAAAACCACGAAAAGUCCACUUUUCAAACGUUGAGAUCCAAACCAGAUUAUAAACUGAACAUCCAAAUAAAUGCAUUGUAGUGUAAAAUAAAAAUUAAUCUUUCUGGUUUGGUUUAAUAAAACUUCACUACAAUGAAAAAGAAUUCCUUGAAUAAAUUUUGACUACUACUUAUUGAUCAGAAGAAUAAACUAAAUUCAAGUUUCAUGUCAAAAUGAUUCAUGAUGUUUUGCCUGUUUGAUGUUGAGGGUGCACAACAUGGCACUAGAUUCCUACCUUGGUUGGCGUGGCCGUUCUAUCAGUGCUUUUGUUGCGCCCUGAGUCCUGAUUUGAUUGAGACUACAGCUGAAAACAGGGAAAGCUGCCUCUCUAGUGUGCCUUUGCGGUCCCCAUUUUGAUCUUUUCUUUGUCCUCAUCAACAGCACACCAAGUGGUUCGGUCUCGGUUCAAGUCCAGCUUUAAGGGUCAUAUAUAGCUUGCAGUCUAAGCCUCCAGCCAAGGGAACUCCAAUUAUCCACAGGGGAAAGCAAUCUAGUGCCAGACCUUAGUAGUAUAUAAACUGUACAUUGUGUAAUCAGAUUUGUUUUAUAUUGUAAAUACAAAUAGAUAUAUACGCACAUGAUGUCAUAUGAAUAUAGGCGAAUGUAAGGGGAAAUAUGAAAAACCUCUUACAAGAAGUCAAACGGGAAAUGCUACAUGUCAUGACCCCUACAUACACACUCGCAGGCCACAUUAUUAGUUACAUUUACAGUACUUAUACUAUUAAAUAAUAAUCUUGUAUUCAGUUCACUGUUUUGAAGAUCGGACAAUAGAAAGAAGACAUUGCUAUCUGAAAUAAUGACUUAACUGAAGUAAGGGUUUUCAAUGAGCAAAUAAAUAUAUUGAAAUUCUGUUAUGUUAUUUACUGCUUGUAUUUUGUUUUCCUGUACCUAAUAAAGUGGCCUGUAUUUUUGACAUAAUCAUACACAAUUAUACAAAGAGACAACAUACAAUAACUUGAGCAACAUAUCUUCGCAGUCACUUUCCAUUAAAGGAUGUAUGGGUUUUGUUGGUCCCCUAAGAAUCCAUUUUGAUUUUUUUGGUCUUUCCUCAGGAGACUGCAAUAGGUCAAAAAAAUCAUUUGAUCGGGUCACUGAUAAGUAACCUUGACGAGUGCGUUGGAAUUCAAUUUGUUUUUAAGGAUUAGCUUGAGUUUCUUCAGCGCCAAACCUCCAAUUCUCCUUGUACACAAUGCACCUCCACUAUUUUCUCUCAGGAAAAAAAUGCUUACAAAAUUCCAUCUCAUUUGAUCAAACAAUUAGUAUUUUGCAUUAGUCGGAUCAGUUUUAUAUGAAUCCAAGAAGUCGGUGAGGUUUAAGCAGGGAGCGUGCAUGUGUGCGUGUGUGCUGAAGAGUACAUGCAAGUCUAUGGGGGAGUAUGGCCUUAGGCGACACCCACUCUUUUCUCUCAGUGGUGGAGGAGAAUCCAGCCAGGCAACCAGGUAACCUUUAUCUACAUUGAUAAAACUGCAGACUGCUCGCAUGCAUCUCAAUUUGCACUCAUUUAAACCUAUUUUUGAAACAUAGGUUAUCUUGUUGCCUGUUUUUUUCGUUUAAGGACAAAGCGAGUCCAUAAUUCAUUUUUAUUGUCAGCACUGAAGGGCACCACGGUCUUCUCUACUUCUUAACUACAAUAGAGCAGAUGUUGAUGUGCAAUUGAGAUUUACUUAAACAUGCAUAUAGGCAGAAAUUCACAGUAUUUGAAAAACAGUCCUUUUUUUUUUUUAAGUUCUUUACAAAUCAAUAUGAUGGAUUGAAUGUCUGCAGGUGUUAAGGCUGAUGGAUGCAGUCAGGAAUCUCAAAUGUAGCACUGAAAGGACACUAGCCAACAUUGCUUUAUACCUGGGGGACUUUAGCACACAAAAACAGAUACACAUUGUAAAUAUAAAAACACAAAGUCUGCUGUUUCUGAAAUACAGCUAUGCAUCUUUAAAUUCAUGGAUAGCAUAUGCUUCAAGACUGUUUUUAUUACGGGAGUGAAGUGGUGCAAAAUAAAAGGAUUGAUUCCGAGCCAGAGUAGCGCAGGCUCGUGCCAUUGAAAUUCCUCCACACGUGAAAAGCAGCAGUGGAGGUGAAUGAGAUGUGAAGUCUUCCAGCUGUGAAAUUCCACCAAGAUUUGUUGCUUUUUUAUUUAAUUUCCACAGUUUGCAAGAAGUCUCAGAUGGCAGAUUCCCCAUUUUAUGAGUCCUGCAUUGCUCCAGUCCUAAAUGUGCAAAAUAUCGUCAAAAUAUAUUACUUAGAGUUGAUGUCAUUCAAAAGCAGGGAUCAGCACAUCUUACCUUGACUGUAUCCAUCCACACAGUAUAUUAUCGGCACUCACAUGUAGUCAGAAUAUACCUAUUUGCUGUCAUCUGCAUUAUAUGAUAGAGGUAUAAAUUACAUGUAGCCACUUUUUAUGUUAAGAAUAUUUAUGUUAAAAUGUUGAGCAGGUCGUAGGGAGAUUUUGUGGAAUGUCAACACAUGCAUUGACUGAAAAAUGGUCUCGGUUCUGGAGAUAUUACAAAGAUGUCUGCAUGUCUUUGAUGGAGACCCAGCAGAUGAUUGGGAAUGCUUUGGUGUAUCAUAAGCUUCAGUUUAAGAAAAAAAUUAAAACAUAAAAAAAAAAACUACAAUUGUAAAUAUAAUCACAGAAAGUUUUACAAAGCUUUAUUUUUGGUCUCAUAUUCAUGUACUUUGCACUUUUUGUGUGCUCAGCUCGUCACCGGCCCGUUGUGUGGGUUUCAGUGGUGAGCUGUAGUGUUGUGGAUGUCAGGGACAGCAAACACGAAAGGGAAAUGUAUCAGACACUUGUUUCAUUCAUGCUCAUCUAUUUUUCUUCAGUGCUUUGGAUUCUCGGCUUGUUUGUCUGUUUGAGAAAUACAAUCCAUGUAAAUAUCACACAAGUAAAAAAUGUAUAUUUUUACGACUUCUGAGUUACUACUAUUUCAUUUGCAAAUAAAAUAUACAAUGACAACAUA